UGAUGAUUGUCAAUACCCAUUCCUCUUCCUUCCCCGUGUGUGUGUGUGUGUGUGUGUGUGUGUGUGUGUGUGUGUGUGUGUGUGUGUGUCCUUGUGUGUAAGGUGCCCAGGGAGGUCAGAAAAGGCCACUGGAUCCCUUGCCAUGGAAUUGGAGUUACAGGCAUUUGUGAGCUAUGGGCCGUGGCUGCUGGGACCCACCUUGGGUCUUGAUGGUAGGGAAGCAAAUCUUAAUCACUGAGCCAAUUUUCAGCCCUCGCCUCCACUUCCCUAAUCCUGUAAUUACCCUGCGUGUCUAAUGUCUUUCUGAUUUAGAUGUAUUUUUUCCUUUUUCUUCCUUUUUUCCUAUGGAAAAUAAAGAUUUAAUUCUCUUAACUGCCAGUACUUCUGAUACACCUCACUAACUCACAUAAACCCCCCAGUCCUGGAAAUAAUCACCUUUCUCGUUAUGUUCCCAUUUAAUUGUCUCUUUUGUAAAUGUAACAGUACACAGACAACCUAUGUCUUAACAGUUUCCUAGUUGUCCUGGACUAUGUGGGCCUGUGCUCUAAGAGCUAUGGAAAAGUCUGGACAUCCCCACGGAUCCUGCUCUCAGCCCCACACUGUCUUUCUGGUGACCCUUGUAGCAUUAGCCCCUCAGUAGAAUGGAGAUUUUUCCACUUUCUGUUGGAUCCAAGAAUGGUCAUAAAUUCUAAAUACAUAUUGCUGAAACCACAAAGGCAAGCAUGUUUUAAUGACUUCCAUUCUUUCCGCCAGCUCAGCCUGCUCAAGCUGCCCCUCCCUAAAAAGAAGAGGAAAUGACUGAGUCCGAGGAAACAGUGACAUUCAAAGAUGUGGCUAUUGAUUUCACCCCUGACGAAUGGAAACAAUUGGAUCCUGUUCAGAGGAACCUAUAUCGGAAUGUGAUGCUAGAAAAUUAUAACAACUUAAUCACAGUGGGCUCUCCACUUGCCAAACCUGAUGUGAUUUUCAAGUUGGAACAAGAGGAAGAGCCAUCUAUAGUGGAGAAAGAAGUGUUAAAGAGACACAGUCCAGGUGAAAUUUGGGAACUUGAUGAGCACCAGAAAACCCAGAACAAACUCUUGAAACAAGUUUUAAAGGAAACAGUGGCUGAUGAAGCCAAUGAAUGUGCUAAGAAAGUUGCAAAUACAUUUCAUCCAAAUGCAGAUUCCAUUUCUUCCAGACACAAUAGCUAUGAAAAUGACUUGUUUGGAAAGUGUUCAGAAAAUAAUCUGGAUGACCAUAAUAAUGUAAAAUGCUCAAUGACAGAGGAACAUUUUGAAUAUGAUGAUACUAUGAAAUCAUUUAACAACAGGUCUCCCUAUUUUGUAGUGACCCCCUUUAAGUGUAAUCAUUGUGGAAAAGGCUUUAGUCAAACCUUGGACCUUAUUAGACACCUGAGAAUUCAUACUGGUGGGAAACUCUAUGAAUGCCACCAAUGUGGAAAAGGAUUUAGCCUCAAGGAAAAACUUAUUAAUCAUCAUAAACUUCAUAGUAGGGAACAGUGUUAUGAGUGUGAUGAAUGUGGGAAAACUUUCAUUAAAAUGUCAAAUCUCAUUAGACAUCAAAGAAUUCAUACUGGAGAGAAACCGUAUACGUGCAGGGAGUGUGGGAAAGCCUUCAGCCAGAAAUCUAAUCUCAUUGAUCAUGAAAAAAUCCAUAGUGGUGAGAAACCUUAUGAGUGCGAUGAAUGUGGAAAGUCCUUCAGCCAGAAGCAAAGCCUCAUUGCACAUCAGAAAGUUCACACUGGGGAGAAACCUUACGCUUGCAACGAAUGCGGUAAAGCCUUCCCUCGAAUUGCUUCCCUUGCUCUUCAUAUGCGAAGUCAUACAGGAGAAAAACCUUACAAAUGUGAUAAAUGUGGGAAAUCCUUUUCUCAGUUUUCCAUGCUUAUUAUACACGUGAGAGUCCAUACCGGUGAAAAACCCUACGAAUGCAAUGAGUGUGGAAAAGCCUUCUCUCAGAGCUCAGCACUAACUGUCCAUAUUAGAAGUCACACAGGUGAAAAACCCUAUGAAUGUAAGGAAUGCAGAAAAUCCUUCAGCCACAAGAAAAACUUCAUUACACAUCAGAAAAUCCACACCAGAGAGAAACCUUAUGGGUGUAAUGAAUGUGGGAAAGCUUUUAUUCAGAUGUCAAAUCUUGUUAGGCACCAGAGAAUUCAUACUGGAGAAAAGCCUUACAUAUGUAAGGAAUGUGGUAAAGCUUUUAGCCAGAAAUCAAAUCUCAUUGCUCAUGAGAAAAUUCAUUCUGGGGAGAAACCCUAUGAAUGUAAUGAGUGCGGGAAAGCCUUCAGCCAGAAACAAAACUUUAUUACACAUCAGAAAGUCCAUACUGGAGAGAAACCUUAUGAUUGUAAUAAAUGUGGUAAAGCCUUUUCUCAGAUUGCAUCCCUGACUCUUCACUUGAGAAGUCACACUGGAGAAAAGCCCUAUGAAUGCGAUAAGUGUGGGAAAGCCUUCUCUCAGUGCUCCUUACUUAAUUUGCAUAUGAGAAGUCACACUGGUGAGAAGCCGUAUGUCUGUAAUGAAUGUGGGAAAGCCUUCUCGCAAAGAACUUCCCUUAUCGUGCAUAUGAGAGGCCACACUGGUGAGAAACCCUAUGAAUGUAAUAAAUGCGGGAAAGCCUUCUCCCAGAGCUCAUCCCUUACUAUACACAUACGAGGUCACACAGGCGAGAAGCCCUUCGACUGCAGCAAAUGUGGGAAAGCCUUCUCUCAGAUCUCAUCGCUUACUCUUCAUAUGAGGAAACACACAGGAGAAAAGCCCUACAACUGUAUCGAGUGCGGAAAAGCUUUCAGCCAAAAGUCACAUCUUGUUAGACACCAGAGAAUCCACACUCACUAGAAACUCCGUGAACACUGGAUGUGGGGACUGCCUUCCCAUGAAAUGAACACCUCAUUGCACUCUACACCAUCAGUUCUAUAGCAGAAAACUAUGAACAUAGGCAAGCCUUGUGAAGAACCCACACAUUUAUUAGAGAAUUCUCAGCGAGAUGACCAAUUGUGUGAUAAAACGGAGAAACUGAACAAACCAAUUGAUGUCUAAUCCGUAUUCUCAUUCAAAUCUGAAAGAAAUAUCUGCCAAGUAUCAACAAACUGGAGCUCCUUGUGGAUGUAUGAAGCAAGUUAUGAAUGGACAAAGCAGGAAGAGUAACCUUUCGUCAGCAAUAUGAGACUAUGAAAAAGGAGGUUUUGUGUGAUGUGUCAGUAAGAACAAUCUAAGAUAAUUAGGUGACAUGUCUACAAAGUUACAAAACGUGCUGAUGGUUACAAAAGAACACCUGAAAAAAAUCAAGUCAGAAAAUUAUAAAAAUUCAAGUACUCUUUCAAUUUUCUGCCUUUGGUAUACUUCCACUCAAAAUGCACACAUCCGUUGUAAAGAAAUUCAUGGUCUGAUUUCAGAGGAACACAGCAAGGCAAAGGACCACAAAUAGCAACAGUUUGGUUUUGACAAAACAACUAGGGAAGGUGCUCACUACUAGAUAUCAUUACAUUAUUUAAAGAUUUUCUUGUCUAAAUUCUUCUGAGCGAAUAAACAAAGUAUUGGAAGCAAAUUGAGGAUUAAUAUAGAAAUUCAAGACCUGGCCAUUUUGUGUAUGUGUAGUGCUACUGAAGUCAUUGGAGUAAGUCUAUCCUGUUCAAUAUGUGUAAAAUCCAUAUGACCCAAACAUGUUACUUCUCAACCAUACAUAUGUACAAUCCAUCAGGCUGGUGAGAUGGUCCAGCUGAUAGGGUGCUGGCUGGCAAACCUCAGACCUGACUUUGAGCCCCAGAAUCCACAUGGUGGAAGGAAAGCCCUGACUCCCACAGUUAUCCUCUGACCUCUAAUGGUACACCAUGGAAUGCAUGUCCACACACUCACAUAAAAAUAAUCCAGAUAGAAAAGGUAAGAUUAUAAAACUAUGGAAAUAAAGUAGACUAUGUUUCUCUAGAGUAAGAGUGUUAAAAUACCCACAACAUGGAACAGUCGAUUCUCUUUUAGUGUAUUGGACUCAAAGGAACCAAGUAUGUAUGCAAAGAAAUAUCUACAAUACGUUCCCAGAGUCAUGGUUUGUUUUGCUCUAAAUUGUAUGUAACAUAUCCAUCAACAGAGAUAGAUCGGUAUGUUUAUUUCUAUGGUAGGAUACUAUACUAUAAAAUACACAAAAUUCACAUGUAGUCACAUGAAUAGAUCACAAUAUUUUGAGGGGGAAAGCAAAAUACACGAUGAAACAUGGUAUAAUUGUAACAAACCAGUUCAAAGAACAGUAUUUGAUAUUACUCAUGGUUCCAUUUAUAAUAUUAGUUGCCUUUGAGGAUGUAGAAGGGUUUUAUGGGAGUUGUUACAUUGAUCUGUAAUUCUUCUUUAAUAAAAGGUGAAAGCAAA